GCGGACCUGGUUUUGUGGUCAGCCACCAGCGCAGUGCAAACUGCACUCGUCGGCGCAUUCCAGGCCAAAAUAUGCUGAGUUGCCGGGUGUUUGGGGAGUCAGAGUCUGCCGACUCCACAAGGUUGGCGAAUAGAACUCAAAUUAGUAUAGCUGGGCCACACUAAAAUUGACCAAUUUCUGCAUUACCCUGCAUAUUACCUUUGUCCGAUUAAGAGACAUGCAAGUGUCAUUAGCCUAUUAAGUGGGAGCUAUAUAUAUGGCAGCCGGGUGCGUAAGCCCCAACCAAGUUGACAAAAUGGGUUUUCACAUGGGACGACAGCUGCUACUCUCCGGAUUUCUGCUGGUGAUGCUCCAGGUUUUGUCCCAAACGCAGGCCAGGCCACAGCAGGAUGUAAUCACGGUUGCCGGCGAGGAGACAGAGGUUGUGAUUAAGCAGGAGGGCGAUGGCGACGAUGAUGACUCCUCCUCCGAGGAAACAGUCGAGGAUUCGGAGGAAAGCAGGCGCAGACGUCGCGAGGUGAAUACGGACAACACACCAUCGGCUCGGGCGGUCAUUCCAGGUUUGCCAGAUCCGGCCACCAUAAUCAAGAUCGCUGAGCUUUUUCAAUCCGUAGGCGAGCAAGUAGUCCCCAUUCUCGUGGAGGCCAUUCUUCCCAGCGUGGAUGAAGCAGGGGAUCGCUUCGCAAGAUCUUUGCCAUUUCUGAAAAAAUUGACCCCUGGCUCCGAAUUGUUUGCCACCGAGAAGAACGAAUAGCCCAGCCUACAUUAAUGUGACAACUAUGGAAGGAACUGAAGCGGAGUUUGUUUGACUUUUGUAUCUGCAUUGUAAAUGUUAAACAAGUGAAUAAUAUUUGGUUAUAGUUUGGUUUCUUAA